GAGAUCUUUAGGAUUUCCCUAAUCCUCUUUUCCCUUCUCAAACUCGAACUCUGCUCUUCUUCUUCUCCUGCGUUUGCCUUCCCUUAACUCCACCGAUUUCUCGCCCAGAGAUCCAAUCCAUUCGAGAUCCAAGGAGUUUGGGAAGCGAACCCUAAACCCCAAAACCACAAAUUUUCAAUCUUUAUAUUCUAUCACUUUCAUCAGUCAUGGCAGGCUUAGCUCCGGAAGGCUCUCAAUUUGAUGCUCGUCAGUAUGAUUCUAAGAUGAGCGAAUUACUGGGUAGUGAUGGACAAGAUUUCUUUACAUCAUAUGAUGAGGUUCAUGAUAGUUUCGAUGUUAUGGGAUUGCAAGAGAAUCUCCUAAGAGGCAUUUAUGCUUAUGGUUUUGAGAAGCCAUCUGCAAUUCAGCAGAGAGGGAUCGUCCCCUUUUGUAAAGGACUCGAUGUGAUUCAACAAGCACAGUCUGGAACUGGAAAGACAGCUACUUUCUGCUCUGGAAUUCUGCAGCAACUUGACUAUGGCUUACUUGAAUGCCAGGCUUUGGUUCUUGCACCCACUCGAGAACUUGCCCAACAGAUUGAGAAGGUUAUGCGAGCACUUGGUGACUAUCUUGGUGUUAAGGUUCAUGCUUGUGUUGGUGGUACCAGUGUUCGGGAAGAUCAACGAAUUCUUUCCAGUGGUGUGCAUGUUGUUGUUGGUACCCCUGGUCGUGUUUUUGACAUGUUGAGGAGACAGUCUCUUCGCCCUGAUAACAUUAAGAUGUUUGUUCUUGAUGAAGCUGAUGAAAUGCUUUCACGAGGGUUCAAGGAUCAGAUUUACGACAUCUUUCAGUUGCUACCAUCGAAGAUUCAGGUCGGUGUGUUCUCUGCUACUAUGCCACCUGAGGCUCUUGAGAUCACAAGGAAGUUCAUGAACAAACCUGUGAGAAUCUUGGUGAAACGUGACGAGCUCACCCUCGAGGGUAUCAAACAAUUUCACGUCAACGUGGAGAAGGAGGAAUGGAAGCUCGAGACACUUUGUGAUCUUUACGAAACAUUGGCAAUCACCCAGAGUGUUAUCUUUGUUAACACAAGGCGAAAGGUCGAUUGGCUCACAGACAAGAUGCGUAGCAGAGAUCACACAGUUUCUGCAACUCACGGAGACAUGGACCAGAACACUAGGGACAUCAUCAUGAGAGAAUUCCGAUCAGGUUCCUCUAGAGUCCUCAUCACCACCGAUCUCUUAGCUCGUGGUAUUGAUGUGCAGCAAGUUUCCCUUGUUAUAAACUACGAUCUUCCAACACAGCCCGAAAACUACCUCCAUCGUAUCGGUCGUAGUGGACGAUUUGGGAGAAAGGGUGUUGCCAUUAACUUUGUGACCAAGGAUGACGAAAGGAUGCUGUUCGAUAUUCAGAAGUUUUACAAUGUGGUUGUCGAAGAGCUGCCUGCAAACGUUGCCGAUCUCCUUUAAAUCAAAGUAUUUUUGCUCUUGACUCUGAUCAGGUGAAUGGUGUUUGUUAGAAUGGAUCGAACUUGACCCCCAAAAUUUUGGGAUGUGCUCCAAAUUCCUGUUUUUGGGUGUGUAGAAGUAAAAACCAUUAUUCCAAAUUUUGUUUCCAUGUUUUCUUUGUACUUUCUUUUUUUAGUUUCAAAGACAAAUUUUCAGAAUUUUAUUGUUUGGAGUGGAUUUUCUUCCUCUGUGCAAAA